AGAAGGUAAUUCUUGGAUAUGGCAUUGGCUAUUGAGCUUGCUCUCUAUUGCACGCGGACCUCCGGAAAAAGACUCCAAUGCUCCUCGCGCGCUUUUCCCGUCACCAAUGUGAGUGCCUCCCGCAAAGCUCGAGUAGCAUUUUGCUUCCAAGAAGCGAAUUUGAGCCUUCUUACUGAAAGUCGGGAGGAAUCUCCGCCCACGGAAAGCAUACAAGAGCUGAGCGAUUUGCAGCUUCUCUGGAGAGCAGUGAAGCUCCCCAUCUAUUCAGUCGCGUUGAUACCUCUCUCGGUAGGCUCGGCUACUGCAUUUCUCGAGAGUGGAGCGUUUGAUGGUGGACAAUAUUCGUUGUUACUCGUAUCGUCAGUGCUCGUCAUCACGUGGUUGAAUCUAAGCAAUGAUGCAUUCGAUGCCGACACUGGUGUGGACAAAAACAAGAAAGAAUCAGUUGUGAACAUCACUGGAAGUCAGCGAGGAGUAUUAUUAGCGUCGGUCGCUUGCCUCGCGUUUGGUUGUGCGGGACUUCUGAGAGCAGCCUUGGUCGCAUCCGAUAUAAGAGUAGCGUCUCUUCUUGCUGCAGCAAUCUCUUGCGGAUACAUCUAUCAGUGUCCUCCCUUUCGACUGAGCUACAAGGGACUGGGCGAGCCUCUCUGCUUUCUUGCUUUCGGGCCAUUUGCAACGACUGCAUUUUACCUCAGCCAGUCACACAAAGCGAUUCUUCCUUUAACACCCACACUGUGGGGAGCUUCCGCACUGGUGGGCAUCACAACCACGCUCAUUCUCUUGUGCAGCCACUUCCAUCAGAUCGAAGAUGACAAAGCUGUUGGCAAGAUCUCUCCACUGGUGAGGCUUGGCACGGAGAAUGGGUCGAAAGUUGUGACUUUCCUAGUCACUGGGCUGUAUACAGGGCUUUGUGCUCUAGCGGCUCUCAAAGCAUUGCCUCUGCCGUGUGCGGCUUUGUGCCUGCUCACACUCCCGGUUGGAAAAAUGGUUGUGGAUUUUGUCUCGUCAAAUCAUCACGACAAGAAAAAAAUAUUCCUUGCCAAAUACUUUUGUGUUAGGCUUCAUAUUGCUUUCGGCAGUGCUCUAGUUCUGGGGAUGCUCUUACGAGCAUGGAGAUAGACUUGGUACCUUUUUUUCUCUUGAUUCUAUGUAAGUUUUUACUCACUUUUCGACUAAUGUUUUUGUGAUGCCAAGUACCAUGUAAGAACUGGGGCCUGAUCGAAGCUUCAAUUUGGUGGAUCAUAUAUCGCUUGAGCUUUGCAUCUCCAAGCCGCGGAAAAAGAAAGCAUAUGCAAUGCCUUAACUCACGACCUCUCGCUUACAAAGCGAGCGCACAACCAGUAUGCUAUGAAAGGCUUAAGCAAGAAGACUGAUGAUAUGGUUUGUUGCAAAGCUAAGACAACAAAGAAAUUCACAAUAAACCUUUUAUC